GUUGGUUUUCCACCUCGAAACGGGAGAUCCCAGGCCUAGACGGCGUUCCAGGGAAGGCAGCAACCCCUGUCCCGAGAGACCGUUUUACCAGCGCAAACGAAGAUCCGCAUCCCCCUAAAUUGGGUCGACAGCACGCAAAAAGUAUCACAAGGAAAUCUCGAGACAACAGCACCAUGGCGGAGGCAAUCACGGAGGGGGCUGCGAAGCUCCAGCUCGAUGAGGAGACGGGGGAGAUGGUCUCCAAGAGCGAGCUGAAGAAGCGCCUCCAGAAGAGGGCUAAGAAGGCAGCCACUGCGAAAGCGAAGGAUACGGCGGCCAAGGAGGCUGCAGCGUCGGGCGCGUCCAAGACCAAGCCCGCCGCGAAACCUGCGCCAAAGCCAGAGGAGCCCGUCAUCGACACCGACGCCAUGUUCAAGCAGGGCUUCCUAGAUGAGGUCUUCCGCAACCGCCCGAUGAAGCCCGUCUUCACUCGUUUCCCUCCCGAGCCCAACGGCUUCCUCCACAUCGGCCACGCAAAGGCCAUCGCGGUCAACUUCGGCUUCGCGAGAUACCACGGCGGCCAGUGCUACCUACGCUACGACGACACGAACCCCGAGAAGGAGGAGGAGAAGUAUUUCACCUCGAUCGAGUCCAUGGUCCGCUGGCUCGGAUUCUCGCCAUACAAGAUCACGUACUCGAGCGACAAUUUCGAUAAGCUCUACGAGCUGGCCGAGAAGUUGAUUAUGCUGGGCAAGGCAUACGUGUGCAAGUGUGGCGAUGCCGACAUUAAACUGCAGCGCGGUGGCGAGAAGGGCAAGACUCCGCGCUUCCGGUGCGCGCAUGCGGAUCAGACGUCCGAGGACAAUCUCGCCCAGUUCCGCGACAUGCGGGAUGGAAAGUACCAGGAGAGAGAAGCAUUCCUACGUAUGAAGCAGGACAUCACGAACGGAAACCCCCAGAUGUGGGAUCUGGCGGCAUAUCGCGUCAAGAAGGCAGAGCACCACAGGACUGGAGACAAAUGGAAGAUAUAUCCGACAUACGAUUUUACCCACUGCCUAUGCGAUUCUUUCGAAGGCAUCACACACUCGCUGUGUACGACCGAAUUCGUCCAGUCCCGCGAAAGCUACGAGUGGCUUAACACGAGCCUAGGAGUCUAUGAGCCGCAGCAGCGCGAGUAUGGCCGCCUUGGCCUCGGCGGAACAGUUCUCUCGAAGCGAAAGAUCCUCAAGCUUGUCGAGCUGGGCCACGUCCGUGACUGGGAUGACCCGCGACUGUACACGCUGACGGCGAUCAAGCGUCGCGGAGUACCGCCUGGAGCCAUUCUCGAGUUUGUCAACGAGCUUGGCGUGACGACGGCGGGCACAGUUAUAGAGAUCAAGCGGUUCGAGCAGACCAUCCGCCGUUACCUCGAGCGGACAGUGCCGCGGCUGAUGAUGGUCCUGGAACCCCUCCGUGUCGUCAUCGAGGAUGCGGACGACCUGGACGGCAAGCCGCUGUCGGUGCCUUUCUCCCCCAGGGUACCGGCUAUGGGUUCGCACGAGCUCAUAUUCACCAAGACGGUCUUCAUUGAUCGGUCCGACUUCCGCGAGGUGGACAGCAAGGACUACUUCCGCCUGGCUCCUGGAAAGUCCGUUGGUCUUCUCCAGGUGCCCUUCCCCAUCAAGGCAGUUUCGUUCACCAAGGACGAGGUCACGGGCCAGGUCACCGAGGUCCGGGCCGUGUUCGACCGCGAAAAGAAGAAGCCCAAGGCCUACAUUCAGUGGGUGCCCGAGGGCUCACACAAGUGCGAGGCGCGCGUGUACAACCCGCUAUUCGCAUCAGAGAGCCCGGACAGUGCCGAGGGCGGCUUCCUAGCAGACCUCAACCCAGACAGCCAGAUCAUAUACCCUGAUGCACUCAUCGAAACUGGGUUCGACGAGGUGAAGCGAAGGGCACCGUGGCCGGAGGCGGCCGGUGAGAGCGAGCUGGGCAAGGGGGGACUUGAGAGCGUGCGCUUCCAGGCGACUCGGGUUGCCUACUUUGCCAUGGACUCGGAUAGCACGGACGACAAGAUUAUCCUCAACAGGAUCGUCUCGCUGAAGGAAGAUGCGGGCAAGAACUGAGUCGGCAAUACACUGUGAGUAAUUCUUUUUUGGCGUCGGGAUAUUGGGUACUGGCAUUUGGCGCUGGUGUCGGGUCUUGAGUUGCCAAGGAACAUGCAAUAGAGAUGUGAUUUCGAAGGAUAUCACGCGGCGAGUCUAAACAGAUGCUUCAUGUGCCCCUGAUUGGGGGGGGG